CGAGCCUGGCCACGUCCCCACGGCACCGAGGGGCCGCUGCCACCAGGCAGGGCUCAGCCCUUCGCUCGUGCAGCUGUGCGCUUGUGCAGCGCACGUGCCGCGAGGAUUUAACUGAAAAGCUCAGAUGCUUUCAGGCUGCAACGCACUGUUUCCAGGUGGAACAGCGUUCCCUAAUCACGUCACGCCCUAUCCACUCAAUGCUUUCGGCACCUGCUCUCCUAUCAGCGUUGCUAUGUCUCGCAUCACCCUGCGCUACGGCGUACUUCGAUCCCCCUGCAGGCGGCCGGAGCGGAAGGGCGGGCAGCGCGGCAGGCCUUAGGCGGGCGGCCCCACCGGGCCGGCAGGGGGCGCUGCAGCGGGUUCGGGCCCAGGCGGCCGCCGCCCCGGCUCGUCCCGAGGAGAAGGCGGAAGCGGCGCCCGGCGGGGAGCGGCCAGCGAGGCUGGCGGGCGUUCUGUGUGGCACCUGACCAGCUGCUAUGAGCUUGCUACACAGUGAUAGCAGCUGUGGGGCCCGAGACAUGGAUGGCGGCUGCUGUGCGGCCAUGGCCAGCGCCUGCAGCGGGGGAGCAAAAGAAGACAGUGUGAGUGUCGGCAGCGGGACCAGCAACCCGCCCAGCUCCUUCACGGAGGAGACGCAGGGAUACGAUGUGGAGUUCGAUCCGCCCUUGGAAAGUAAAUACGAGUGUCCGAUCUGCUUGAUGGCCCUUCGGGAAGCAGUGCAGACGCCGUGUGGGCACCGUUUCUGCAAAGGCUGCAUUGUCAAAUCAAUAAGAGAUGCGGGUCACAAAUGUCCGGUAGACAACGAAAUUCUACUUGAAAAUCAACUUUUUCCAGACAACUUCGCUAAACGGGAAAUCCUUUCAUUAACCGUUAAGUGUCCCAACAAGGGCUGCUGUAUGAAGAUGGAGCUGAGACAUUUAGAGGAGCACCAGUUGCAUUGUGAUUUCACCACUGUGGAAUGUCCACAGUGCCAAGGAGCCUUUCAGAAGAACCACCUGAAAGAGCACAUGACACAGGAGUGUCCCCGGCGUCAAGUGUGCUGUCCAAACUGUGCCACAUCUAUGGCUUAUGAAGAUAAAGAGCUUCAUGACCAAACCUGCCCUCUUGCCAAUGUAUUCUGUGAAUAUUGCAACACAAUGCUCAUCAGGCAGCAGAUGCCCAACCAUUAUGAUAAUGAUUGUCCUACUGCCCCAGUACCAUGCUUUUACAGUGCCUUUGGGUGUCCUGAAAAGAUGCAGAGGAACGAACUGGCACGACACAUGCAGGAAUUCACUCAGGUUCACAUGAGAAUGAUGGCUCAGAGCAUUCAAAAUAUCAGUGUUACUGCUACAAACCCUGUACCUUUUAUCAAUGGUCUACCGUUUGAGCCUGCCCUCUUCUCCCAUGUGUCACAUGCCCCAUAUAAUUGUAAUCCAGAAGUUGAAAACUUCAAAGAAACCAUUCAGCAAUUGGAAGGUCGUCUGGUGCGACAAGAUCACCAAAUCAGAGAACUCAUUGCAAAGAUGGAGACACAAAACACUCACAUGGCAGAACUCAAACGUACUAUCCGAAAUUUGGAGGGAAAGAUUACUGAAAUGGAGGCACAGCAAUGUAAUGGUAUUUACAUCUGGAAGAUCGAGAACUUCAGUGGACUUCAGAAAGCCCAGGAAGAAGAGAGACCUGUUGUGAUGCACAGUCCUGGCUUCUAUACUGGAAAACCUGGCUACAAGCUGUGUUUGCGCCUGCAUAUCCAGUUACCAAAUGCUCAGCGGUGUGCUAAUUUUAUAUCUCUGUUUGUCCACACGAUGCAAGGAGAAUAUGACAGCCAUCUGCCUUGGCCUUUCCAGGGCACUAUACGACUUUCUAUUUUAGAUCAAUCAGAAGGCCCUGAGAGACAGAAUCAUGAAGAAGUAAUGGAAGCCAAGCCAGAGUUACUCGCCUUCCAGAGACCAACGAUUCAUCGCAAUCCAAAAGGUUUUGGUUAUGUGACUUUCAUGCACCUGCAAACUUUGAAGCAAAGAACCUUUGUAAAGGAUGAUACCCUUCUGGUGCGCUGUGAAGUUCUAACACGUCUAGACUUAAACAGCCUUCGCAGGGAAGGAUUUCAAGCUCGCAGUACUGAUGGAGCUGCGUAACCAAGUCUUAACCAGCCCUGGUCGUACUCUUCCACCACAGAUACAUGCAUGCUCUACUAUCCAUAUAGGCUGAAUAAGAUAGUAAAUGUUGCCACAGUUGAUCUUCACCUGAAUAGCUCUAUGAAGUCACGUGUUUGAAUACUAGCAAUUGUUCUCUAUUAAAGUUGUAAGCUACUUCUGUAGCAAGCUAACUAAAAGUGUGGUUAAUCAGAAUCUAACUGCCUACAGUUUUCAGUAAGAAAAUCUUACUGAAGUACCUAUACAUUUCUGUUUGGCAAAGUGCAAGUCAGUCAUAUCAGAAAAGACCUAUAAAUCUUUGCAGCUCAGUGCCUUGGAGUAAGUACCACAGCAGGGAAAUCAUAGGUAGGUAAAUUAAUAAAGAUGAGGGUUAGGCUUUUUUCAUGGAGCUUGGGAAAGCUUUGCCUUGGGUGAGAUGAUUUCUAUAUUGACUUACCUACAACUUUUAAUUGACUAUGCUUCUCUUGAAAUCUGAAGCCAGGUUAAGGCUUUGCUGACACAACUUAAAAUGAGAUGCUUCAACCCUUCCUUGCUGCAGUUAGAAGUUGCGUGUCGAUAUCAAGUUGAUAGUAGAAUUUCUGAAAGGUAGGUGGUAGUGGUGUGAGGAAAGUUAAAGGAGCCAAGUUCUUAGAAAUAUUUGUAGGAUGGUCCAAAAGUGCUACUCCCACUGCUCUCUAUUUUGACCCAAAUUUUUGUAUGUAAGUGCGUGUGGUGUGUGUUCCAAGCCUGGAAUCUCAAUUGCUGUCAGUAGAGGUAAGUGUAGCAUGAGACUGAGUGGUGUUGUCAGGCAGUGGGUAGAUACGUGAGCAAAGGUUAGGUAUACAGUAACUAGACAGGGUUGCAGAAUUUUAUUGUUGAAACCUAAACUUGAAGCAGUGUUGAACGUGGGAAUCUGAAUCUGAGUCAUCCCUUCCCUUGAUGUUCUGGGUGAUAUGAGCUAUAGUAAUCUCCUAUUAAUACUCAGUGGACAACUGGCCACAGCUGUGUCCCAUUAGACAAUAGCACUUCAGGAGGGAAGAAAAGCCUGUUAAUUAGUGUGAGGGAAAAAUUGCAGUCCUGUUUGUUCUCAGGAAAAAAGCCUGCCUUCCUUAACAGCUCUUUAACCAAACACUAAGUUCACUAGUUCAAGGAUUCAUGAGCUUCCUCAUGUUGCAUGUGUUACUGUUUUCUGCUUCUUAUUUAUAUGCCCUAUAAAUACUAGUUUUGACCAGUCAAAGCAGAGUAGGUAAGUUCACUGGUGCUAAUGAUUUACCAUAGUACUGAUAAAGCAUGGAUCUUUUCCUUCAAAAAUAGCGGAGAGAAGUCUUGUUCACUCCCUAACUGAAGUGUGCAGCCUAAGGCAGAGUACAGUAGUAAGCCCUUCAGCAGCAUCUCUUUUCCAUUAUUUCUGCAAACCAUUGAAACAGUGUAAGGAUUGGGAUGCUGCAGCUUAAAAGACAUUGAAAGGCAGCCCAAGCAAGCGGUCCCUUCAAAACAACCUCCCAGGGAUCAUCGGUGGGGAAAGUGUAUGUAAGUGCAUAUACUUAAUAUGCACAAGACUAAGGAAUGAGUACUACAGUACAUUGAUACGGGAGGUUUCUCCACCUAGUUGUAGGAGCUUAGAAGUUGCAGACCUACCUUUACUGGCUUGUUCAGUUGGAUGCAUUUAACCAAUUUAUUUUGUAGUGUUUGGAGGACAAGUGAGCUUGUAUUACUCAAUAACAGGAAAAGAUCCAUGCUUUACAUCUGUCUUUUUAAACUUCUUCAGUCAAUUUUAUACUGUGUAGUCUCAUACCAUUAACUAAGUUGUUCCACUGUGUCUCCAUGUAAAGCAGUGUUGGUAGUUCAGCCAUUCUCACUGAAAAGCUUUUAAUAUGUGUAACAGUACUCAGAUCAGCAAUAGCAGAAGGCAGUUCUUUGCUCUGCAGAGUAGUUCUGCAGUCCUUUACAGGCUGUUAGUUACCUGUCUUUUUCCAAGAUACUCAAACAUUACCAUUCUCCUUUUUCUGUGUGGGUCAGGGGAGAAAGGCAGAAGAAGGACUGCUCAUUUACAGCAAGAAGCAGCUCUCAGUUCCCUACUCAACCUUGGCGAUGUUAACAAAAGGGCCCUGCCUGUGCUCUAAGAGUUUAUAACAAAGGCCCACUAAGUGCAUUAAUACUUUGCGUUUGAAGCUUUGUGUUAGGAACUCUCAACUACAACAAACUGAAUUCUUGCUUUGAGCCUUUUCUGCUACAUUUGAUAUAGUUCUGCCUCUGGUUGAAACUCAGGUUGGUGGCAGGUUCAGAAGUUAAAAUGAUUCAGGCUAACAUUGUACAACAGCACAACCCAGUAGCAAAUAGAAAGCAUGUAUUCACCCUUAAGUAGGAAUGCUCAAGUCACUGCUA